AUGCAGACCGACAAUCUCAAAGUUUCUCAUGAAAAGGACGUUCCUCGGCCAAGGUCACCUUCACCUCCCCUGCCCAGUGCAGAAAUACCAUCUUUCCUACCAUCAGAUCCGUCUGCGGAUGAUGUGGCGCGUGAACAGGCCAUGAAAGACAAAUUCAGGAAGUUCUGGAUGUCCUCCCUUGCAGAAGGGUUCAAGGAAGAUCUUGAGGAAAUACGAAAGGAGCCGAAUCUGGGACCUGCCAGGCUAGCGCUGCUUAUUGAUUCGCUCGCAGCUGGGGCAGAUAUUUUCACGUCAUCUGCGUCGAGCGGGACAGAUAUGAAUGAGGUGGAUGUUGUCAUGGGCGAAUGA